AAAUUGCCACAGUGGAUAUUAGUGCUGUAGAGCUGAGCGGCAGCGCCGUGUAAUACUUGUUCAAUGUCUCAGGCUGAGCUUACUGAACGCAUCUCACAUUUAGCUUAGCUGCCCGACAUCGUCACCAGAGCAGCGGCAGAAAACACAGAUCGGAAACAUGCUUUGGUUCAAAGGCUCGAUUUCUGCUGCCAUUAACUCAGCUAAGCAGCGGGGCUUCGUUUUUGUCGUCGUCAUUACUGGCGAAGAUGAACAGUCCGCACUGCUGAUGUCCAGCUGGGAGGACGACACAGUCUCAGAGGCAGCACUCAACUGCUGUGUGGCCAUUAAUGUCGAUGCCAAGAGUGAAGCAUGUAUGCAGUUCUCCCAGUUCUAUCCAGUAGUGUGCAUUCCCUCUUGCUUCUUUAUUGGGGAGAAUGGAAUUCCUCUGGAGGUCAUCGCUGGGAGUUUGUCCGCCGAAGAACUGAUGAAAAGAAUCAACAGAGUUAAGCAGAUGCAUACUGAUCAGAUUGGAGGUGCCACAGUGUUUCCAGAGGCAAGUACUCCUGUGGAGACCAGCUCACAGAAAAGCACAGAAUCUGCUGUAACCUCAGCUACCGCAAAGCCCGUCAGGUCAGCAGCAGAAGCCACAGUUUUUGCAGCAGUAUCAGGAAGUGCAAAAGCACCUCUAUCGAGCUCAGAAGAUGCCCCAGUGACUCUUGCAGAGAAUGCUUCUUCAGAUGAUGCUACUCACUGUGCUCACAGUGAGGAAAACCUGGACUCUAAAGUGCAAAGGCUAAACAAAAAACUGGAGGAGAGACAAGAGCAAAAGAAGAAAGGAGAAGAAGAGGAUGAGAUCAGAAAGGAAAUGGAGCGGCGGAAGAUUGGGAAGGAUGUGCAGGACUUAAAAAAGAAACAAGAAGAUGACAAGACUAAGCGUCUCCUAGAUGAGAGGAAUCGGGAGAAGGCAGAGGAGAAGGCUGCCAGGGACCGGGUCAAACUUCAAAUUGCCAUGGACCGAGCUGACAGAGCAGCCCGCUAUUCCAAAACCCAGGAAGAGGACAAAGCCGUUAAAGAUGUUCUGCUGCAGGCCCGACAGGCAGAACAGGAGGCCAGGAAGGAGACAAUGGUCAGGCAGAGGAGUACCAUAGCAAGGAUACAGUUCCGCCUCCCAGACGGGUCAUCUCUCACCAACCAGUUCCCCUCUCAGAGCACACUGCAGGAGGCUCGUCACUUUGCUGUUCAGGAAGUGGGAAAUCGUUACGGCAACUUCUCCCUAGCAACCAUGUUCCCUCGGCGGGAGUUCACAAGUGAAGACCUGAGCAAAACUCUGCUAGAGCUGGAAUUGGCUCCAAGUGCUUCCAUUGUGCUUCUGCCGCAUUCAGGCAGGUCUGCUAACACUGUAGUCCAGUCCUCUGGGAAUGGCAUUUGGGCUGUUCUGGGAACACUCCUCUAUCCUCUACUGGCUGUAUGGAGAUUCCUCAGCACCUUCCUGUUUACAACUCCCCCCCCUCCUGGACCGGCAUCCCAAGGCCCCACCCAGCCGUCCAGCUCGUAUACCAACUCAUCAUCGGCCUCCGACAAGGCAAAGCGAGAAACUCACACUCUGGGGGAGCGGCCCAAAGACUUCAAGAAAGAGGGUAAAAUCUGCAGUCUGAGGACUCAGGAGGACAGUGAGGAUGAGAACAACACCUGGAACGGGAACUCUACCCAGCAGAUGUAAAAUGUGAAUUAAUUCAGUCUGUUUAGGGUUUCUGCUCCAGCUGAUGGUUUAGUUUUCUACCCCAUUCAGGCUUGGUAUAAACAUCCAUAUUAGUGAUCCAGUCACAAGUAGUGAGCACCAAGUUCAGGUCUGAACUUGCCCAAAUGCAUCCUGAAUUCAUCCUGAGAGCCGAUCACUCAAACCACAUUUAGAGGUGGUCUGGGACGCAUUCCUCUCGCUCUGUGAACGCAUGCCCUCUGGACCACGUAUGAAGGACCACCUACUCAGCUGACAUCCUCUGACCUUUCCAGUUUCAAUGAAUCAAAUGUAUUUUGUUGUUUCUCAGUGCCGAUACGUCGAUUUGUUUGUGGCAACUAUCACAAUAUCAAUACAUUUUAAUUGAUGCAACUCUUUUGCCUCACUCUCUAGCUCCUCCUGACAGACAGACACACACACAGUGACAUCAACAAAAUUUGGCCUUUGAGAAAACAUGAUUAUUAGCAUUAUAGAGUGGGGAAGUGAGAUCUCAAGUGUUCACUGGAGACACAUUGAGGAACCAUUUAAUUUCAGGUGUAAACACAGGUACUUAAUGCUGUCCUCUUGAGAUUAUCAGGACUGAUGUUGAUACCAGGUCUGAACAGGGCCUUUGUUAUACUGUGUUCCAAACCUAUGCCCUCCUUUUUCUCCUAACCUUGGCUGAGAAUACAGCAGCUUCACAGAGUGCGUUAAGCUACACCAGUAUCCUCUUUGGGUUUUCGAUCUCAGUAGUUAAUUGUCAGAUAGAUGAUAAUUAAGUUAAUUAUUAAUUACGACUAUCAGGCACCACAGUAAAUUAAUAACCAUCAGACCUGAGGAUGCAUUGUUAUGGAGUCAAUGCAAUUUAGAAAUGUCUAACUUUGAAAUGUGAUUGGGACUUAUUCCAUCAAGCAGCAAAAUUAAGAAAUUUUUGUCUAGGUCUAGGAUGUAUGAAACAUUUCAUCAAACAGCUUGCAAACUGCUGGCAGAGGACUGUGCAUCUACAAAGGCAGCCCGUACAAACAAACACACACGUUUGUACUACUAUCUUGGUAAAGAAACACAUUUGCAUAAUGCAAUCCCUAGCUCCUUACCCUAAACAUCCAAACUAAAUGCUUAACCUAAUCUAAACCUAAUUCUAACCCUUACCUUAAACCAAGUCUUAACCCCCAAACAGUCCAUUUAAGGGGGGGGGGGGUCAACAAAGUGAGGACCACUUUCCAAAAAUUGCCCCCCGCUCAAAUUUGUCCUCACAACAUAGCUGUACAACAGCACGCACACCUAGGCAUCAUGUGUUUCUAUGAGCUGACAAUGGGCAACUAUUGAUGUUUCCUCAUUACAAUAUGAAAAUUAAAGCAGUCUGUUUUUUAAAUUUUUGUAUUUGUUCUUUGUUGACCUGAUCCAAAUUCUUCACACGUGGGUGAACCUAUUUAGGCCUGCAGUUAGACAUUUGACUUGAAUAAUUGUUCUUUUAUCUUGAAAUAAGGCAACAUGAUUGUCUGAUCAGUUGACAUUGUCAUAUUACCUCAGCCUGUUAAAACCUAUUAUAAAGUAAACACAUCUGACCCCAAUAAUAACUUGGUGGCAUUAGGCGGACCCUGUGUCGUGUUGGUAUUGGGUACGGGCGGUGGACCAGGACCGCGGCGUAGGCUUGUGGUGGGUCCUGGUGGGCGCGGUGGACUGUGACUGAGGACUGGAGUGGCGCCUGGUCUGGAUGGUGGAUCGUGGUCCUGCUGGUUGCUGACCAUGGACUGUGAUUGCAGCGGGACUGCUUGGCAUGUCAUGUUGGGGUUAUCCUUCGGGAUGUUUACACUCAUCAAAUGCUGCUCAAAACUUUAAUCUCGAUGAUGUUUUCCUACACGUGGCAUCUAUUGCACUCCUGGCCGUCCUGGUAGAGGGAUCCCUCACAUGUGGCUCUCUCGGAGGUUUCUACAUAUUUUUACCCUGUUAAAAGGGUUUUUUAAGUAGUUUUUCCUUACUCUUGCUGAGGGUUAAGGACAGAGGAUGUCUCACCCUGUUAAAGCCCUAUGAGAUGAAUUGUAAUUUGUGAAUAUGGGCUAUACAAAUAAAAUUUGAUUGAUUGAUUAAGGUGAACACAUUACAACAGUAGAUCAAAUUACACAUUAUUUCAUGAAUGACAAAUUUAGACCAAAAGUCCUUCAGUAUUAUGUGUUCUGGUGGGAAUUGGUAACUCUUUUGGUCACAGACCAUGCAGCAAGUAUCUUUUUUCCACAGUUUUCCAAACUCCAUUUGGAUUGGUCUUUGUCUAAUCUGCAAAGCUUUACUCGAAAAGGGAUAGUUUUAUCUCAUUAUCUACUCACCACUAUGUCAAUGUUGAAGUAAGUGAUGACCAAUUCUUCAAAUGUAAAAAGAACCAAACAUUAAAGGCCUCCAUGUUGCUCCUGUGGUAUCAUCCAAGUGUCCAUAAGCACCAGCAUUCAAAUUCGACUGGAAAAAAAGGUAAUUUACACUAUAUUUAGCCUAAAUGUCCUCUGAUAUCUUCUGGAGCAUGGAUCACACAAUCAAGUCAGGUCAUUGUAGAUGCUUGUUAGUCAACUUCAGAUAUGAGCUCCUAAAAGCAUAUGAUUCAUAUAUUUGCAGAAAAGGUUUACAGUGUUAUUUAGUAAUUAUUUUAGUGCUUAACAGCUGAAAACUGCAUCAACUUCCUCAGACUAAGUGUUACACGAAUGAAACUGACAGUUUAGUCCGAUAUAUACUCACUUCAACGCGGGGGCCUCCAUACUACAUGUACUUAUACAUUGCCUUUGUUUUCCUAUGAAAAAUAUGUUCUGAUGGUACAUAAUAUAACAUAUAUACCAUCUAAUAUGGUGAGACUCAGACUCCAAACCCUAUUGAGAGUAUCAGCUAAGAUAGUAUCAGCAUCUGAGGGUGAAUGAGCUUGAUGUGUCUCUAAUAAAGAAUACGGAUGACAGCCAGGUCUCUGCCCCCCAUGGGGUAAUCAUAGACAUUUGGAUAUCAGACAGUGUGUGAGAGGGACAUUUGAACAGCAGCAUUUCCACAUUCAUCUCUCAACUCUUUUAAAUGCAGUUUGCAACUGUGGACUAGGAAACAAUGGCUGUGUGUACUGAUAGCAAAUAUUGGAUAAACAAAACGUGUUUUAUUUUUUUUAUUGAAUUAUUAAAAAGAAUCUGCCUCUACAUGCACAAAUACAAUCCUCAGAAAGUGGAUUGUACUAUACCUGACAAAGACAGGGUAAAAUAUCAUAUUAUACAAAGCAUUACAACAGUUUUGAUAUGAAAGAAGAAGAGAAUUGAAAAUGAAAAUGAUAACUUGACGUGAAAUGGGCAAGGAAAUUAAGUGUGCAGGUAAUGUUAAUGGGUAGCGCUCAGUGCAAAAAUUACAUUAAAAUAUUCCUGAGCAUGAGCAUUACAAAAAAAAUCAA